AUGUACUGCGAAAAUGCUCCAGACUGCAGUGUACCAUUUGUCUCAUCAGCUAUGGCAAGGGAUAGGUUUAAUUUUAUAGUAUCCCAUUUACAUUGUUGCAACAACUCGCAACUCAAUGAGAGAGACAAAUUGGCGAAGUUAAAAUGUCUCUUUGAUGUGCUAAACUCGAAUUUUUUGAAGCAUGGUGUUUUACAAGAGUGUCACAGUAUCGACGAAGCUAUGAUCCCAUAUUACGGUGGGCAUCCAUGUAAACAGUUUAUAAGAGGCAAACCCAUUAGAUGGGGCUAUAAGUUCUGGAUUGGAGCAACGCGUCUGGGCUACGUUUUAUGGAUUCAACCGUAUCAAGGACCACAAGGAUGCUCCGAUACAAAAUACAAAAGUCUCGGAUUAGGUGCCAGUUUUGUAUUGCAGUAUGCUGAUGAGCUUCAUAAGCAGAAGCUCAUUCCAUCUGUUCUUCGACAACUUUUUUACAUCUAUCCCACUUUUAGUUGA